GUCAAACAGUCUCAAAGCAUUGUGUCAGGCAGUUAGCUGCCGCUGUUAGCUAGUUGUUCAUUAAACUGUCCCGCCCAAGCAGGUUGGAUAAGUAUUUGUUGUAAUUGUUAGCAGAAACGUCUGGGUGUGUUUGGCAGUGUCAGAGUUGUGGUUUUCUUGUCUUAUCAACAGUUGAGAGUGUUAGAAAGCCACAGCUAGCCGGGUAGCAGUGCAGGCUAACGGCUAAUGUGUUUCUGUAGUGAGCGCAGGUUAGCUCGGUAGCUAGCUGUUAGCUGAGCGGCGACAACACGUUUUCUCGUUAAAGCUAGGAGCAGUAAUGAAUCAUAAGAGUAAGAAGAGGAUUAAAGAGGCCAAACGGAGCGCCAGGCCCGAGCUGAAGGACUCGUUAGACUGGAUAAAACACGGCUACCAUGAGACUUUCGACCUGUCGCACCGCACCGUGAAGGACAACGUUGAGCGCGUGGACGCUGUCCGUCUCAGCCCGGACGAGUUCAUCCAGCGCUUCGAGCGUCCGUACAAACCCGUUGUCCUGCUCGGUUGCCAGGACAACUGGCCAGCGCGAGAGAAAUGGACUCUGGAGCGCCUCAAACGCAAAUACCGCAACCAGAAGUUCAAGUGUGGCGAGGACAACGACGGCUACUCGGUGAAGAUGAAGAUGAAGUACUACGUGGAGUAUCUGGAGAACACCCGCGACGACAGCCCGCUUUACAUCUUCGACAGCAGCUACGGUGAACACGCCAAACGCCGCAAACUCCUGGAUGACUACCAGGUCCCAGUGUUCUUCAGGGACGAUCUGUUCCAGUUCGCAGGGGAGAAGAGACGCCCGCCAUACAGGUGGUUCGUCAUGGGUCCGGCCCGGUCUGGCACUGGGAUCCACAUCGACCCCCUUGGAACCAGCGCCUGGAAUGCCCUGGUCCAAGGCCAUAAGAGGUGGUGUCUGUUCCCGACAAACACCCCUCGAGAGCUGAUCAAAGUGACCCGGGAGGACGGGGGCAACCAGCAGGAUGAGGCUAUCACGUGGUUCAACGUGGUCUACCCCCGCACGCAGCAGCCCACCUGGCCUGCCGAGUUCAGACCCCUGGAGAUCCUGCAGAGACCCGGAGAGACCGUCUUUGUACCAGGUGGAUGGUGGCACGUUGUCCUCAACCUGGACACCACCAUCGCCGUCACGCAGAACUUCGCCAGCACCACCAACUUCCCCAUCGUGUGGCACAAAACUGUGCGAGGACGACCCAAACUGUCCAGGAAGUGGUACCGGAUCUUGAAGCAGGAGCGUCCGGACCUGGCGGCUCUGGCCGAUAAAGUCGACCUCCAGGAGUCAACGGGCAUCGCCUCCGACAGCUCCAGCGACUCUUCGUCGUCCUCAUCCUCCAGCUCAUCGGACUCCGACUCUGAUGCCGAGUCAGGCUCCGAGGGGGACGCCAUGUCCCACCGCCGCAAGAAGAGACGCACCUGCAGCAGCGCUGCCGCCAACGGAGACACCAGCAGCCAGGAUGACUGUGUCAGCAAGGAGAGGAGCUCAUCCCGGUGACCUCUGACCCCCCCCGGCCUCCGCGCUGACCCCGCCCACAGUGUCUGUCCGUGGGAGGAGAUGGCGCACUGAGGACAUUAAAGGGUCAGUGGGGGAUUUUCUGAACUUUAGACAAAGCAGUGAAUGAAUCUACAAACAGCAGAAACACAACGAACACUAAUACGACCUGAUGAUUGACAGGUUAAAGCAGUGGUGUCCAACAUACGGCCCGUGGACCAAAACCGGGACGUCAAGAGUCCGAUCCGUCCCAUCAUACACUGAGAUAUUAAAUUAUCUCUGAAAUCACUGAAAUUAUUAAAUAUUGGUGUUAAAAUCCUUCACAUUCAGUCUAAUAUGAUCUAAAGUGGAUCAGAACCAGUGGAAUAAGAACAGAAUAACCCAGAAAUAAUGACAAAUACAGACCUUUUAUUUUAGUGAAAGAAAGAAAAAUUAUAUGAAAAUGUUGACGUUUACAAACUAUCCUUAAACUAUAAAUGUGAAUAACCGGAAAUGUCUUAAGAAAAAUAAGUGCAAUUUAUUCAGUCCAAGUGUAAAUAAUUUAAAGUCUGAUAUUUUUCCUGUUGACCAGGGGUAUCAAACAUGCGGUCCGUGGGCCAAAACCAGGCCGCCAAACGGUCCAAUCCAGUUCACGGGAUGAAUUUAUGAAAUGCAAGAACUACACAAAACAUGAACAACAUUCAAGGACGUCAAACUAAAUGGAUUUGAACACCAUUAACUGUUAAUAUCAGUCAUUUUUGUAUUUAAUGGGAGGGGUUGAACUCUGGAGGUCCGGUUCUGGUCCACGGGCCUUAUGUUGGACCCCCCUGUCGUUCCUUUUCGUUUCCUGAUGUAAACACCUGGCCCUUUUUCCAGUUGGAUCUGUUUGUCGAUGAAUCCACUGCUUCUUUAAUGAGGUUAAAGGGCAGAAAAUCACCAGAGUUCGACUGCAAAACGAGUCGACGCAGAAAAUCUGUUUAAUAUUAGCACUUUGAAAACCAUCCAACAGAUUCUAGUUUUGUGACUCCAGCGCCUGCAUCAGGACUCGAUGUGUGUUCGCAGGAAACAUUAAGGCCAGAAUCUGUUUUCUAUGAGUUUAUUUACUGAACCAGUGCCUCUGAAUUUCCCCAAAAUAGAAGAAAAUGGUGCCAACGCUCCGGGUUGAAAGUGUUCAAAUCAUCGUUUACAAGUGAAUGUUCGUCACCGGUGGAAACCAUCAGUGUUUGUCGGAAAAAAAGACCCAAAUACUAACGUCAGAACCC